GUCAUUUCCUAGAACUGCAAGGCGGAAGUGUACUUUUCGUUUCGGUUCCGAGAAACGCUCUGGAUUUGUAAGAAAUUCACAUCUUGUUUCUGAUUGUCAAAGAUUUCUUGUCCGAGAUGAGCACUAUAGUUAAUCCGCCUGUUCCCUACUCGGGUGUAAUCCCCGGAGGUCUCAACAUUGGGAGGAUGAUAAUUGUUCAGGCUAAAGUGCCUCAUCACCAGAACAGCUUCAGCAUUAAUUUGUGUGUGGGACCCAGUGUUAAUCCACUGACCGACACUGGACUGCACUUCAAUCCACGAUUCAGUGAAGGAUGUGUGGUGCGCAACAGCUUUCAGUUUGGCGUCUGGGCCAAUGAGGAGAGACACGGGGGCAUGCCUCUGCAGAAAGGAGCUCCCUUUGAAAUCAUCAUUUUGGUCAACUAUGAUGGUUACAAGAUUUCUGUCAAUGGAAAGCAGUUUACCAACUUUCGCCAUCGCCUCGCAAAGGAAUCUCUCUACUAUUUGGUCAUAAAUGGAGGAAUUGAGAUCAGCUUCAUCAAAUUUGAAGGGGGAAAUGCACCGCCUCCUUAUUCACCGCCACAACCAGGGAUCGGAUUUGGUUCGCCACCGUUUUCUGGUCCUGCUGUGGCUUCAAGUUACCCCAUGGGAAGUAUUCCACCUGCAGGAACAGUCUAUAAUCCACCCGUGCCAUAUGUGGUCAGCAUGCCAGGAGGAUUAUAUCCAGGACGAAUGAUUUUUAUUUCCGGAGUACCAUUACCAAAUCCAUCCAGAUUCUCCAUCAAUCUGCAAUGCGGACCACAUGAACAUAAUGAUGUGGGUAUGGUCUUUGAUGCAAGAUUCAAUUUUGGUGGAACUACAAAUGUGACCGUUAGAAACCAUAAGGUAGCCAAUAACUGGGGAAGUGAAGAACGACAUGGCAGUUACUUCCCUUUUGCUCCACAGUCGCCUUUUGACAUGAUCAUCAUGGUGGAACCAACGAGCAUCAAGGUGGCCGUCAACAACCAGCACUUCUGCGAGUUCUAUCACCGCAUACAGCCAAUGAGCAUUGUGAACUGGCUCAACAUCACCGGGGAUGUUCAGCUGACAUCCGUUCGCAUUCAGUAAAGCAUCACAUUGCCAUGGCGAUGUCCUCCACAACACAUGAGUGUAUUUCAUGUUGCUGAUGACUGUCGAUACCAUUAAUAAAUAAUCAUAAUACAGUACAGUAUAUGAAGAACAUUUAUGAUUAAUGUUGAGAUUGAAAACCAAUGAUCAUUUAAUAUCAUUUCAUUGUUAACAUAUAGAUGUAAUUCAAAUUAAUGAUUCAAAUUGAUUAAUGCCAUUUCAAGUGGUAGAAAUGUGUUUAAAGAAUGUGUUGAAGUUACAUAUUAUGUUAAUUGUAUUGUAAACCAGGCUUUAAGCUGUCGUUCACCAAAUCCCCAAAUACAUACUUAAAUCGAAUUUGGCAAAUACAUUUUAGAGGCCAUUCAGCAAUUGUUUAAUACAUAAUUUGUAUUAACAACUCUCAAAAUAUUUGUAAUGUCAGCAUUAUUUUUUAGAUGUAGUUAAUAACAUUGUUUUAUUGUGUUCUUAAUUUUAAAACAGUUUUAUCAAAUUAGUUUAGUUACAUUCAUCCAGGUGUCUUGAAAUACUAACACCAUGUAACUUCCUACAAUACUAGUUAAUACUAGUAGCUAUUAACUUAGUAAUUAUUUUAUUGGGUAGCGCUAAAUGAUAGGACAUGCUUUUGUUAUGGUUAAUAGAUUUAGGCGUGAUGGGGUAAAAUACAUUCCUUUGUACUGUAAUUUUUUUGUGAAUUUUUAUACUUGACCAAAGAGUGGUACACAACUUGUUGUUUUUAAAGUAUUUUUAUGAUUUUCAUGAAAAUGGAAAAAAACUUUGUAUGGGUUCAGUCAUACUUGGUAAUACACUUCACUGGCGUAAGAAUUGUGUGUGUGUGUGUGCUCCCCCACUUUGUAGCAGCAGCGAUGGUUUUUAUAUAUUGUGUGUGUGUGUGUGUGCCCCCCCCCCCACACACACACACACACACACAUUUUUUGGCACCUUCCUAUGCCCGUGCACUUAUUUUGCUCAUAUUAGAACAAAUUUUUGUCCUUAAUAUUUAAAGACAAAAUACAUUUACACAUAGGGCUCAAAAUAUGUGAAAGAUUAAAUUUGGGUGCUGGUACAUUAUAUGACUUUUCAUUACAUGAUGUGCAUGGCAAAAUUAUUUCUUGUUUCUCAAACUAAAACCAUCCUUCUGAGGUCAUAAAUUUAAUCGGGUGUUUAUACCAUUCUUCUGAGGUCAUAAAUUUAAUCAGGUGUUUAUACCAUUCUUCUGAGGUCAUAAAUUUAAUCAAUUAUUCAAACCAAAUGUGCAUUUCGGUAGUUUUCAUAAAUGCACUAUGCAGAAUUGUUUUGUGUGUGUAUCAUGGGUCAUAUUUUACUGAAGCAUGCAGUGUUUAAACGUAAUCUGUGAUCAGAACUUGUUAAAAUUGUAUGACCGCAGUAAGGAUUUACCAAGAAGUCUACUGGCCCUUUAUUUAAUUUAGUUGGGUCUUUAUUUAAUUUAGUUGGGUGUAUUUGAUUUCAGUACUUGUGAUCAUCAUACGAGUGUUUUUUAAUACUUCUUUAUGCUCAAGUCUUUCCAUUUUUGUUGGUGGUGGGGUUUUUUCAGUUUUUUGUUGUGGGUUUUUUUUUCAUACCACAGAUUACGUGCCUCGCUAAGUGAUUUAGAAUAUAAAAUGCCCAUGAAUUUAUUUUUAGCAUUGGAGGUACAAAUGAUGGUCAUGCAAUCCACUUAAACCUAUAUGGUCAACUGUAGUUUGCUCAUCAACAUAACUUUAGAAGCUGCUCACAAUUGUUAAUGUUCAUGAGCAUACAAACCAUAUGUUGGGGGAAAGUGAAUUAGUGCCAACAUUCACUUAAAAAAAUAAAAAUAAUAAAAGACGACUUUUCUGGGAAAACAAUAACAAUGUGUUGUGGGUGGGAUGGGGUGGGGUGGGUGUCGAGUAACAGAAAGAUUGUACACACUGAAAUGUUCAUAAUCAUGAUUGAUCCUGCACUGAAUUAGACUUUAAUAUGAAAACAGGUGGCAUGAAAUAACAUAAAAUAAUUUUGUAUUAUAAAUACCCUAACAUCAACAAAGUUUUAAAAUAAAAAUGUAAAAACUGCCAUUGCUUCAACAAGCCAGUGUACCAUGACUGGCAUAUCAAAGGCUGUGG